GCCGCUCGUAGUAGAAGACCAGAAGCAAAGCAGAGAGCAGAAGCCGCCCAAAACCCUAACCACCAUGCCCAAGUCUAAGCGCGAUAGGCCUGUUACAUUAUCCAAGACAAAAAGGAAGGGAAGGGAACACAAGGAAGCUGUGGUGAAUACGAUCAAACAAGCUGCCGAAGAUUACAAUUCAGUAUAUGUCUUCUCUUUUGAGAACAUGCGCAAUCUAAAAUUCAAGGAGUUCAGAGACCAGCUCAAAUCAACCAGCAGAUUUUUCCUUGGUUCCAACAAAGUCAUGCAAAUUGCACUUGGCCGAUCUGAAUCUGAUGAGAUCAAAAGCGGACUUCACAAAGUUUCUGAGGUUCUCCAUGGAAAUGCUGGACUUUGCUUUACCAAUUUGCCAAAGGAAGAGGUUGAGAGGCUGUUUAAUGAAUAUGAAGAAUAUGAUUUCGCAAGGACAGGAAGCAUUGCAACAGAGAAGGUCGAGCUUCAGGAAGGUCCUUUGGAGAUGUUCAGUCAUGAGAUGGAGCCAUUUCUACGGAAACAAGGGAUGCCUGUUCGUUUGAACAGAGGUGUUGUGGAGCUUGUUGCUGACUACGUUGUUUGUGAGCAAGGAAAGCCUUUGUCACCUGAGUCCGCUCGUAUACUGCGUUCGUUGGGAUCGAAGACGGCUACCUUCCGACUCCAUUUAAUUUGCAGAUGGAGCCCUGGUGAAUUUGAACUCUAUGUUCCUGGACCAAGUGAUUCGGGUGUAGAAUCCUCAUAGAUGCUGAUCUGAAAUCAACAUGUAUUUUAGUGGAAGGCGAAUGGGACCAGGGUGGGGGGGGUGGGAAUGUUAUGUUUGCACUACUGCGAGAUAUGUAACGGUGUGCUACCUUUGGCCAUUUUUGACCCUGGGUUUAUCAUUUUUGUGUUCGGCCGUACUUUGUAGCGAAUUGCACUUGAAUUUUUGGUGAAUAUGAUUUGGCCUAUUGUAUUUACCUUGGAACUUGUAAAAGUUUAAUUUGCUAGUUAUUACAAGAAAUAUUGGUGUCGUGUGGUUUCAAAUUACUGGACUACUGUCCAUCCAUAUAGGAUCUGCUGGUGUAAUUCAGUCGACCCUUGCAGUGAGCGAGCAAAAAUAUGAAUGAGUUGAUCCGGUUGGAUGGUGAUCCAUUUUGGUU